AUGUCGAAUCAACGUUAUACGUCGAACUUCAAUGCUAAUAAUGAUGGCGAUUCACAUUCAUCGUCUGAUGAAAAUGAAGAACAUUCAAGAACAUCGAAUAAUCGCCAUUCAACUCGUGUUAAUAUAAGUCGUGCAGAACCUGAUUCGAAUGAAACAUCUCAUGAUUUAGAACCAAUGACAAAUGAACAAAUCAAUCGACUUAUUCUUCAUCAAGUUGAUCAUAAUGAAAUACCAAUAUUAUCAUUAGAAGAUUGGAUGAUAUUCAUGAAUCGAUCAACUGUGCAAGUGCAUCAAUCUCAAUUAGGACUUUUCAAUUUACCCCUUAAUCAUUAUUUUCAUGUAAAUCGAGAUGCACAAGCAGAAGGUCGUACAGAUCAUCCAAUCGAUGAAAAUUUUACAUUCUCUACAACUGUAACCGUCGUUGACGAUGAACCAUUACCAAUUCAAGAUACACAACCACAUGAUAGAGAAGUUCUGGCAACUUUAAAUAAUACUCAACCUACAUAUAUUAUCAUAAAUGGUGAAGAUGAUCAUCUCAAUGAAGAUGCUACAUUAUAUACUAAUGUGCAUAAUAAUAUCAUCAUUCCAAUUGUACAAAAUGGCAUAAAUAUUCAAGUUAUGAAUAAUAAUGAAAAUGAGUCACCACAAAUUGUAGUGGAUGAUGAAAUAUAUAAUAUAAAUCCUCUGGAUCCGGUCGAAUCGCAAGAUGAUACAGAGUCCAGUGGUAGUAGUGAUAAAGAAGAUAAAAUUGCAAGUUUGGGAAGUGGUUUUGAUGGUGAUGAUGAAUAUGAUUCAUCUGAUGAUAAUGAAGAAAGAGGUCAACCAUUACCAACUACUGAAUAUCUCAAUGGUCAUAUUGAAAAUAAUAAUCAAUUUGAUCAAACAAAUAAUGUUAAUGAACAACCAGUUACAACAAAUACAGUUCUAUCGCGCAAUCAACCAUUGGACAUUCAUAAUGUUUCGGAUCCAAUGGAAGGUGUUUAUCGAACAGCGCAAGUUGAUAAUAAUAAAGAUACAAAAACAACACAAAUAUAA